AGCGAUUUCCUCCCGUCUGCUCGCUCGGAUUCGUUGGUCCACGCAGACCUCACGUCACAGUCCCAUCUCCUCUUCCCUCCUUUCCCCUGGAACUCCUCCUCGCUGCCCCUUGGGAGCCGCAACAAUAAGGGAAAAAAGGAGCGCACCAUGCCCUCUUUCUCCAACGACGGGCCUUUUCAGUCAUCUACUGUUACGGCCACACACCCUCGCCCGUUUGAUUCACCGCAAGGGAAACCGCACGACAGAGCACCCGUGGGAAAUACCUUUCUAUGGACAAACUGGCCGAACGGUGAUACGAACCACAUAGAAUCGCAAUCCACCGAUCGUCACUAUUCCCCAGAUCUGAAGAAUGGCAGUGCCUAUUCUUUGAAUGGGCCCCGAUCAAGCGCUAGCUCCUACACACGAGAUUUACCACAUUCGAAAGAUGGCAGCAUGCAUUCGUUAGGGAAUGGAUCGGUCCGCGAUCCUAGGGAGAGUGGCCGGUUUUCAAUGACGAUGGACAAGGAUUUUACUCGAAAAUCUUCUGAUGCUGGAGCCAGUGCUGGCGUUGGCUCAGCUGCAGGGUCCAUCUCCAGCGCCCAGCAGGUCAAUGGGAUCUCGUCGAGCCACCGGACCCCCAACGGAAAGUCGCUGGUUAACGGAGAUCGCCCCCAACCGUCGGUUGACGAAGUGGUUUCUCAGAACUCGACUGCGGCCGCGAACGGGAACACCAUCUCUGCCUCGCUCCCCGAAGAUACCAGCCGGCUCGCGUCCGAACCCGAUCGAUUGACUCCCUCACAGACGGCAGCUCCUCACCGUUAUUCUUCCCCGCCUCUCCCCUCAGCCGCCGCUGACGCUAGUCACACGCAAGAUCCCGCAGCAUCAGGCCUUCGACAUCGACAUACGCUGCAAGUUCCCCGAACAACAAGCGGCCGCCGUAAUAGCCGCGAUCAAGGGGACGAGACUGCUUAUAGUAGUGGUCGGCUGUCUCCAACAGCAGGGGGUAUUCGUCGAACGUCGCUCAGUUUGGUUCGGCGGGCUACAAAAACCAAUCAUUCGGACUCGGUUCCUGACGAUGCCAACCCGAACGAGGAUGCAGCGCGCUGGGCAGAAGCGAUCAAGCAGAGGAGAGCGUCAAGAAGGAAACGCCGGGAUGACGACGACGACGACCGCGUCAUCGUUGGAACAAAAGUCGACCAGAACCACGUGAACUGGGUGACUGCGUACAAUAUGCUGACUGGAAUUCGCUUUACGGUGUCGAGAAUCAACGCAAAAAUGGACCGGGAGUUAACACCCGCAGAUUUCGAAGCCAAGCAUAAAUUCUCUUUCGACAUUACUGGUAACGAGCUGACGCCCUCUGCAAAAUACGACUUCAAGUUUAAGGACUAUGCGCCGUGGGUUUUCCGGCAUUUGCGAGCCAAGUUCCGCCUUGAUCCGGCCGACUAUUUGAUGUCCCUGACCAGCAAGUAUAUCCUCUCCGAGCUGGGCUCGCCAGGAAAGAGCGGAAGCUUCUUCUACUUCUCCAGGGACUACAAAUACAUUAUCAAGACUAUUCACCACUCCGAACACAAACUGCUGCGAAAGAUCCUUCCAGAAUAUUACAAACAUGUGGAGCAGAAUCCUAACACAUUGAUAUCACAAUUCUAUGGUCUUCACCGGGUGAAGAUGGCAUACGGGCGCAAGAUCCACUUUGUGGUCAUGAAUAACCUCUUCCCUCCCCACCGCGACAUCCACCAAACCUUCGAUCUGAAGGGGUCCACAAUCGGCCGGGACCUUCGGGAGCAGGAUCUUGAGAGGAAUCCGCGGGCCACUUUGAAGGAUCUAAACUGGCUUCGCAGAGGUCGUCACCUGGAGUGCGGGCCUUCGAAACGGGAAUUCUUCCUCGCUCAGCUGGAACGCGAUGUUGAGCUACUGAAAAAGCUGAAGAUAAUGGAUUACUCUCUUCUGGUGGGCAUUCACGAUCUUGGGAGAGGCAACGAAGAAAAGCUUCGCGACAAGACGUUGCAAGUGUUUCAACCGGGAGGUGACCGUGAAGAAGAGACGAGUCCGAACAUGCUGAUGCGCACUCCUUCCAAGCUGGAAAACGAACGCAAGGCACGUGAGCUGCGGAUGCUCAUCAAAAAAGAGCGUCCUGUGCCGCUUGAUAAAGCCGCUGCAAAAAUGCCUGAAGAGAUUCUGGAUGAGAGACAGUAUCAUGUCUUUUAUGCAGACGACGGAGGGUUCCGAGCUACUCACGAGAACGGCCAGCCUGGAGAUGAGAUCUAUUACCUUGGCAUAAUUGACUGUCUGACACAUUACGGGACCGUGAAGAAACUGGAAAACUUCUUCAAAGGGCUUUCCCAUGAUCGCGGCCAGAUCUCUCCAAUUCCGCCUGAGAGCUACGGCGAGCGGUUUGUUAAUUUCAUCAGGGGCAUUACUAUGUCCAAGGAGGAAGUCGAACGGCAUAGAGAAGCUCGAGCGCAGGGCAAAACAUCAGCGGAACGAACCGAGUCUGUCGAACGAACAAUGCAGGCUGCCGAGAAGGAGGCCGCAAAGGACGUCUCGACCACGCAUCCUCGAACGCUUUCAACUGUCUGGGACCCUGCGGAUGCCAACGGGCCAGGUCCGACUUCGACACUGCCCAUAGUGGACGAAGCCGGUGAGCAGAGCAGUGUUGGUGGACAGAGCCAGCAUAGCCGACAAGGACCAUCGCUCACAGAAAAGGAUCUGCCGCCCUUGCCUGGCAUGGGCAAUUCGCAAGACGGUCCAAAAGGGAAAGGAGUUUCUUAUAGCAGCCCGAACGGCACAUUAUCACCCUUAGCAAGCCGAUAACCGGCAUCGCCCUUAUACGACCCGCCACUCCAUUUCUGUUUCUGGCGUGCUGUUUUCGGUCGAUUAUCUCAUGAUAUCCCCAUUCGCAGUCAAUGACGCUUUGUUACUUGGGCGCCAUAGAUCGUUUACCUUGCAUGUUCGUGCGACGCAUCUUCUCCCGCCAUCUAUCGGUUCUUUACCAAUCCUUGAGCAGACCAAUUUUGUGAUAGUGUCCAUGUUAC